AACUUUUCUCAUCAUUUUUCAUUCUUAGAAAAUUUCGAAUAUUUUGUUAUGGGUGUGUGUUUGAUUUGAUUUCUAAAGCAAUAAAUUCAUAAGACACAAUCAAAAUGAAAGUUUUGUCAGUAUCCAGAAUGGGCUCAACAGACGACAGUCUAGAGGAUGAAGUAUUUGAAACACAACAAGAAUCAAUGACGUCAUUAUCUGUAAAUGAUGGUGUGAAAGGGGGUACAAGUGUGAGUGAACAAAAAACACCCUCACCAACAGGAUACCGCAACUAUAAGCCCCCUGCGGAGGUGUUACGCCUAUGUGAAGAGGAAACGCUUGAUGAAACUGAACAGAUUGUGCAUAAGACGAUUCUAUUGGGAGAUAGUGGCGUGGGAAAAACUUCACUAUUAGUGCAAUUUGAUAUUGGAAAAUUUCAAACUGGAAGCUUUUCAGCAACAGUAGGAAUUGGAUUUACGAAUAAAGUUAUUAAUUUGGAUGGAUCAAAGGUAAAAUUACAAAUUUGGGAUACUGCAGGUCAGGAACGAUUUCGAAGUGUUACACAUGCUUAUUACCGAGAUGCUCAUGCUUUAUUAUUACUUUAUGAUGUUACCAAUAAAACAAGUUUUGACAAUAUUCGAGCAUGGCUUGGAGAAAUUCGUGAAUAUGCCCAAGACGAUGUUGUUAUUAUGCUCUUAGGGAACAAAGCUGAUUGUACAAGUGAUCGAGUUGUGCGUAAAGAAGAUGGUGUAAGAUUAGCAAAUGAAUAUAAUGUAGCAUUUAUGGAAACAUCAGCAAAAAGUGGUUUAAAUGUCGAUGUUGCUUUUAUGGCAAUUGCAAGAGAAUUAAAAAUUCGUAGUAGUGGUAACAUGGAUGAAGCACGCUUUAAUGUACAAGACUAUGUGCGUGAUCAAACUCAACGAACCACGUGUCCCCCAUGCAACACGUGAAUACAAAUAAUUAUAUUAUUUAACCCACGCACAGUACACACAUUUAUACAGAACAUUCAUUUAUAUGAUUGAUGUUUUAAUACAGGAGUAUAUUAUUCUAUUUUGUGAGUUUUACAACAGCUAUCGCACAUUAACCAGUUUGUUCAAGGACUAAUUUUUUUGUCAGUAUCAACAUACAUAAAUACAAUUCACCUUUACGAAAACGGUGCUCAGAUUACAUGCCUGGUCAAAUAUUCAAAUACUAAAUAAGAUACAUUUUAAUAACAGGAAGUACAGACAGGAAACAUCUAAGUU